GGCUUUCUCAGAGCUACAGAGCUGAGGCAGAGGCUGACGGGAGCAGAGCCACCAGACUCAUUUGGAAGCCCCCCCGAGUGUCUAGUGGAGCCUUUCUGUGAGAGAAUGCUGUCAGGACCGGCUCUCCUGCUGCUCGUCUGCCUCCACGUGCGUGUGCAGGGGAAGCCCCGGUCACAGAAUCCAGGCUGUGAUGAGUAUCUCGGAUCCGGGAAGGUGAUGGACAAGUGUGGAGUGUGCGGAGGUGACAACUCUACCUGCAGGAUGGUCUCAGGGGUCUUCAGACACAGCUUAUCCCCCCUCGGCUAUCACAAGAUAGUGGAGAUCCCAGAGGGAGCCACCAAGAUCAAUGUGACAGAGAUGGUGAAGAGCAGAAACUACCUAGCUCUGCAAAGUCGCUCGGGACGAUCCAUUAUCAAUGGAAACUGGGUUAUUGACCGACCAGGGAAGUACGAGGGAGGGGGGACCAUGUUCACCUACCGUAGACCCAACGAAAUCAGAAGCACGGCUGGGGAGUCCUUUCUGGCUGAAGGGCCCACCAAUGAAAUCCUGGAUGUUUACAUGAUCUUCCAGCAGCCAAACCCUGGCGUUCAUUAUGAGUACAUUCUCCCCUCUGAGAAAACGAUCGCACCUCCGCAACCAAACCACAGACCCGAAGGGAAUGGAGCGGAUGGAAACCAGCAACACAUCAACACUCAGCAGGGGAACUUUAAUCCUUCGGGUGGGGGGAGGUUUCCCGCCCGGGUCCCUGACAACCAGGUACCUGCUGUACCACCGCCCAGACCUGAGCGAGGGUACCACUGGAAACUCUCCGGCGUCACAGAGUGCAGUGCCUCUUGUGGAAAAGGUUUCAGAUAUUCUGUGUAUCACUGCGUCCACCGGCUGAACCACGUCCGGGUGUCCGACUCUUUGUGCGACAGCGGCAGCCGACCAGCUCCACAAGAGGAGGCCUGCAACCUGCAGUCCUGCCCGGCAUUCUGGGAUAUCGGAGAGUGGUCUGAGUGCAGCAAGACCUGUGGCCUAGGCAUGCAGCACCGGCAGGUCCUGUGUCGCCAGGUCUACGCCAACCGCACCCUCAACGUCCACAUGGGCCACUGCCGACACCUGGAGCAACCGGAAACGGCCAGCACGUGCCAGCUGAAGAUCUGCAGUGAGUGGCAGAUCCGCUCCGAGUGGACCGCUUGCUCCGUGCCCUGUGGGCUGGGUCAGAGGUCGAGGGAGGUGCGCUGUGUGAGCAACGUGGGCGACUUUGUUCCGGACGAGGAGUGCAACAUGAAUCUGCGGCCCGUCGACGUGGAGAACUGCAACAUGGGGACCUGCGCCAAGAGCUGGUUCUACACCGAGUGGGGGAACAGGUGCUCCACCGAAUGUGGGAUGGGCGUUCGAACCCGGGGCGUCCUCUGCCUGAACAACCACAUCAGCAGCCUGCCUCUGGAGGGGUGUGGCAGCGAGCGGCCUGCAGACUCUCAGGUCUGCAACAACGGCCCCUGUGAGAAUCGCAUGGAGUGGUUCACGGGCCCCUGGAGCCAGUGCUCUGCAGAGUGCGGCGCAGGCAGCCAGCAGAGGUCCGUGGCAUGCCUAACGAGGUCGGACGAAGGAUUCGCGGUCAUGCCGCCCUAUGAGUGCUCCUCCCUGGACCGGCCGCUCGGUCAGCAGAGCUGCCACCUGAAGGCCUGCGGAGCCAAGUGGUACCACACCGACUGGAGUGCUUGCUCCAAAACAUGCGAGGGAGGUUUCCGCGUGCGGGAGGUGCGCUGUCUGUCGGACGACAUGAUGUCCGGCGAGGGCUGCGAGGAGCAGCUGAGGCCGGCGGAGAGGGAGGACUGCAACCCGGAGCCCUGCACGCCCCACAUAGAUGAGAACUGCAGGGACAAGUACUUUAACUGCAACGUGGUGGUCCAGGCUCGCCUCUGCGUGUACGAUUACUACAAGACCACAUGCUGUGCUUCGUGCUCGCGAGGGGCCCACAGACACAAGAUCCAUCGGGGACGCAGCUAGCACUCUCUGCGCGGGUCCCUGGGCUCCAUGCCGGGCCAGACCCUAAACCCACUUAAAAAAAGGCACUCUGGCUCUGAGCCCAUCAAAAGAACUAGACUGGCAAGACCUUUUU